UUGCAAAAAAAAUUGUCAAUAUGUCAAUUCGGUAAAAAGUUUAGGUGUGGUAUUUGGGAAAUGAGUAAACGUAUUAGCGAUAAAUGUAUAAACCACAAAAGCAUUCUCUAUUAGUUUAACGCUACUGAAUUUGUAUUUACUCACAAUGGACAGCCAAGGCAGAAAAGUGAUUGUCUGCGAUAAUGGCACUGGUUUCGUCAAAUGCGGAUACGCCGGCAGUAACUUCCCUGCUUACAUAUUUCCCUCAAUGGUCGGGAGGCCCAUUAUAAGAGCUGUGAAUAAAAUAGGGGAUAUCGAAGUUAAGGACUUGAUGGUAGGCGAUGAAGCCUCUGCCCUUAGAUCGCUGUUGGAAGUCAACUAUCCCAUGGAGAAUGGUGUCGUCCGAAACUGGGAAGAUAUGUGCCACGUUUGGGAUUAUACGUUUGGGCCAAAAAAAAUGAAUUUAGACCCUAAGGAGGCCAAGAUUCUUCUAACUGAACCACCCAUGAACCCAACUAAGAACCGUGAGAAAAUGAUUGAGGUUAUGUUCGAGAAGUAUGGUUUUGCUGGCGCUUAUGUUGCAAUUCAGGCUGUCUUAACACUUUACGCACAGGGACUUUUAUCGGGUGUGGUGGUAGAUUCAGGAGACGGUGUUACCCAUAUUUGCCCCGUUUACGAAGAGUAUGCUUUGCCACAUCUCACCAGAAGGUUGGACAUAGCUGGCCGGGAUAUAACCAGGUAUCUCAUCAAGUUGCUGCUGCUCAGGGGUUAUGCCUUCAACCAUUCAGCAGAUUUUGAAACUGUGAGGAUGAUGAAAGAAAAGCUGUGUUAUAUCGGGUAUGAUAUCGAAACUGAGCAGCGUCUGGCACUUGAAACGACCAUUCUGGUCGAACCGUACACCUUACCUGACGGGAGGGUCAUAAAAGUAGGAGGUGAGCGAUUUGAAGCACCCGAAGCUCUUUUCCAACCGCAUCUGAUCAACGUUGAAGGUCAAGGGAUCGCCGAAUUGGUGUUCAAUACGAUUCAGGCCGCUGACAUUGACAUGCGUCCGGAACUCUACAAGCACAUUGUCCUAUCUGGGGGCUCCACCAUGUACCCCGGUCUCCCUUCGAGGCUGGAGCGCGAAAUCAAACAACUCUACAUAGAGAGGGUGCUCAAAAACGACGUGGAGAAGCUCAACAAAUUCAAAAUCAGGAUAGAGGAUCCGCCCAGACGUAAAGACAUGGUGUUCAUCGGGGGCGCAGUCCUAGCGGAAGUCAUGAAGGACAGAGACGCUUUCUGGCUGUCGAAGCAGGAGUACGAAGAAGGCGGAGUGAGGGCACUGCAAAAGCUGGGGGCACGGGCGGUUUAGAAGAUCGAUAUUUGUAUCGUUUUAUUGUAUGAUUUUAUGCAAAUUUAGGUAAGAUUUCGUUUCUCGGGUUGGCUUUGAUUUUUGAAAAGUUUGUCUUUAGACAUGAGUACUUUUGUCUGCCGAAGUCAAAACUUGAGAGGGAAAUAAGGCUUCAAAGAAAUCCAAAAAUCAAUCAUUUCAGAAACUCACUUUUGGUGAAAUGAAAUGAAAACUCAUAAAAAGACACCUUCUUUUCACAAUCACAUGAUGCGGAUUCUGAUCCAUUUAAAAUGUUUUUCACAAAAUAAAAAAUUCCUAUUUCAACUAGUUCAGUCAGUAGUUGGAAAAAUAUUAGAUUCUCAAUGAAUUGGCAACCAGUGAUAUCCUUUUAGUUCUAGAUACACUAAUCGAAUUAAGCUCAGUACAGGUUAGGAUGGUUAGAUUAUAGGUUAGGUCACUCUUCUUUAUCUGAAGUCUGUUGUACCGUGUGUAGUGUGUACAUGAAAGGAGGUUGCUGCCUACAGACGUUAGUUAUGAUUUUGUGUUGUGCACUCUAUUAGCAAGUAGCAAAAACGAUGACAUUUAUGCAUUCCCAAUUAAUAAAUCACUAUAAAAUAGUACGCAAUGCCGACUAUUGUACAUCUUUCAUUGUGUAUUUUCAACACAGCAUCACCCUGUGCUAAACAGCGAUCAUUUGCGCACUAGUAAAAAAAAUGGUUCAAUGGGAGUAAGAAAGUUGGCCAACUUUUAUUCCUCACUUGUUACUACAUGAUUGUUGAGUUUUCUGCAUAAACAUGUUCAUUGGAAAGUGAGGAGUUCAACUCAUAGUUAUUGAUGAUUAUCACUUCCUAAUUUUUACUUGCUAUUUGUUAAUCGAGUGUGCAUAAAUUCAUCUUCAGAUCUUGCUUCAUUAACACUAGUACAUAUUGUUAAAUUUGCAAAAGAUGUAACAUGAUGUCAUCUGUCAUGUCAUGUGCGAUGUUUGCAUGAAAGGCGUUUGCUGUCUACAGACGCUAGCCAUGACUUCCUUUCAUACUACAAAUAUGGUGUAAAAGACACAUUUAAAAUGGCAAAAGGAAGGAGGCAUUCUUUGUCUUUCUGACAGCUACAUAAAUUUGAUGAAAUUGAAAAGUGUCUUUCAUAUUCAUAAAAUUAUGUUUAUUAUAAAAAAAGUGGAAUGACAAAUAAAUGAGGUCAGCAUCUUGAUUUCUUGAGAAGAAGAUUCCAUUUUACUAGUAUUUGAUUACUGGGUUUAGCGCCAAGUUUUGACUUCACAUCCGUGAUUUACUGACAAAAAUAUGCAAAUCUUUUUUUUUUUUAAUCAGCCCGAGCCAAAAAAGGAAAUUUUAUCCAUUGGUACUUCGACAAAUUGAAACGGGAAUGUUUUUGUGGAAGUGGAUCUACGAAAACUUGGGGGUUCCAUGUUCCUUUUGUAUUUUAUGAAAAGUGCAAAGACUAAUAUUUACUACUUAUUUACAAACGUUCAGCAGUUAUUGAGCAUUUUAUUAUCAUAAUUAUUGUAAGGUUAGCGUUAUGUGAUUUAACCUAAUUUUUGUAAUAUAUGGAAAACGAUGUUGUCGCCCAUAACAUUCGAAAAUAUUAUGAUUGAGCAUUCCGACUGUUCUGUUCUGUCUCCAUUAAUAAAUCGUUAAAAGAU